AUGCCUGAACUGCAUUGCCUCUCUCACAGUUUACACGCAGGACAUGCCCUUGGCACCGAAUUAGUCCGGGUAGUUUCCACACUUAUGAAGCUCUCACUUUACUGGUGCCACUCUGAUCUAGAUCCCCUGCUCCCCCUUACUAUAACACGCAACCUUGGCCAAAGUGGGAGCAGGGCAUCAAGAUCAUCAUGGCACCAGGGAAAGGGAGAGAUUCAUGAGCCUGGCGAUCUUGCUGGCCGGGUGAUGAUGCCAACUUCCAAGGGCAUGUCCCACAUGUUAAUCGUGAAGCAGUUAAGCAGAGGUUGUUUUGGUUGUGCCCAACCUACUCCGAUAAUAGCUGUUGAUGAGCCUACAAAAGGUUUAAGAAUUCAAGGGCGCUCAGUAAAAAGGCGCAAUUUAUCUGACGACUUUUGGAGUUCAAGCCCGCACGAAAUGGAGAACAGUGCUUUGCAAUCCCGACAUAGUAUGUCUUCAAUCAGCACAGCAGCACAACCUAAUGAUCAGCAUGCUUCUGGAAGUAGCAGCUCCCCAAAUGAAUUUGUAAAUCAAGGUCUUCUACUAUGGCACCAGACUAGACAGCAAUGGAUUGGGAAGCGAAGGCGUAAUUCUCAGGGUCAACAAAGUCAAGAACCAAAAAUAAGUUGUAAUGCUACAUAUGAGAGCCUGCUCGGAAGCUCGAAAUCAUUUCCACAACCAAUCCCUCUUGGUGUAAGAUACCUUGAAAAGCUACAUGCCAUCUUCCAUUUUUUGACAUACGCGUCCUGUUUAGACAAUGCAUUGACCUCCCUGGGUUGUCUCCUGUCAGGAAAUGGUGGGUUUCCUCGUGGUUAG